CCGUCACAAUCUCCCUUCACCCCUUUCUUUCGAUCCUGUAGCCACAAACGCUAGUCGUUUGGCGACUAGGGGAUCAUUCGGAGGGAAGGGAGAAAAAGGCGGGGGAGAUGUUGGAGCUGCGUCUGGUGCAGGGUAGCCUGCUGAACAAGGUGUUGGAGGCGAUAAGGGAGCUGGUGAACGAUGCCAACUUCGACUGCUCCGCCACGGGGUUCUCCCUGCAGGCCAUGGAUUCCAGUCACGUGGCUCUUGUGGCGCUCCUCCUCCGAUCGGAGGGCGUCGAGCACUACCGCUGCGACCGCAACCUCUCCAUGGGCAUGAACCUCAACAACAUGGCCAAGAUGCUGCGAUGCUCCGGCAACGACGACAUCAUCACCGUCAAGGCCGACGACGGCAGCGACACCGUCACCUUCAUGUUCGAGAGCCCUAAUCAAGACAAGAUCGCCGACUUUGAGAUGAAGCUCAUGGACAUAGAUAGCGAGCAUCUCGGCAUUCCGGAUUCCGAGUACCAAGCUACCGUGCGAAUGCCGUCGGCAGAGUUUGCGAGGAUAUGCAAGGAUCUAAGCAGCAUCGGAGAUACUGUUGUGAUUUCGGUCACAAAGGAAGGAGUGAAGUUCUCGGCUGCUGGGGACAUCGGAACAGCAAAUAUUGUUUGCAGGCAGAAUAAGACUGUUGAUAAGCCAGAGGAAGCCACCGUCAUAGAGAUGCAAGAGCCAGUGUCCUUAACUUUUGCUCUGAGGUAUAUGAACUCCUUCACCAAGGCAACACCAUUGUCUGAGACGGUAGCUAUUAGUCUUUCUUCUGAGCUGCCUGUGGUGGUUGAGUACAAGAUCGCAGAAAUGGGCUAUAUCAGGUUUUACUUGGCACCAAAGAUUGAAGAGGAUGAUGAGGAGAUGAAGUCAUAAAGAUAUGAGAGGAGAUGAGGAUGUGAAUGCAUAAACUCAUCUUGUUAUCGGCCCCCUCUUCUUUGUCCUCUGCUACCUUCAUCUCCUUCCUUAUUUGCCACUUUGCCUGCAAAGAUGUAGUCUCUUUAGAUUUUUUUUUUAUUUUCAAGUGCUCUAAUUAUUCUCGGUUUCUUAGAUGUGGACACUGGGUGGGGAGACAUGCCUGUCUAAGGUGGAAAUUGUUUAAUUUAUUGUUCUUCUGAAUGGCAUUGCUGUUCGGGUUGAAGAUUUAUCUUGGCUUUCAAUGAUCCGGAGCAUCUGCACCUACUGGAAAUUGGUAUUGGAUUCUUAGUCCUUUAUCACUGAUGUUGCAGAUUUUCUUCUGUAAUUAGCUCUGUAUGUCCUGGAGUAUUCAUAAUAUUCAAAGUAUGAUCAUUGAAGCUCCAACAAUGAAUGGGUUGACCUGCAUUUGUGUUCA